AUGGCGCGCGCCGCCGCCGCCGCCGCCCGGUGCCCCGGCUCGCGCACGGCCUCGGGCCGCGUCCCGCGCGCUCCCCGCGGCUCCCCCUCUGUCUCGCCCCCGCCCCCGCCCCCGGCGUUCCGGUCUCGCGGGGCUCGGCCUCGCCCUCUCGCCCGGCAGCCCGGCUCGCGCUCGCUCCCGGGUCUGCUGCACGCGUCCGCUGCCGCUGCCGGGCCGACGCCUCCGGCCGCUCUCUCGUCCUCCACCCCCGCCCCGCCGCGCUCCGGGCAGCGUCCCGCGCGGAGAAGGGGGCGGGCGGCGGAGAGGUGAGGAGCGAGCCGGGAGCGAGCAAGGCCUUCGAAGUUGAGCAGCGGAGUGCGGGCAGACCCUCCGCUGCCCCCUCUUUAAAGCCGCGCGCACACACCGACCCUCCACACAGAUAUCCUUCCUCCGCACGCCGAGGAGUCCCGACGCCGCCGCCGCCGGCUUCGCAGGCGCUGAGGGUGAGAGGCACGCUAAACUGCUCGGCUCCGCCACAUAACGAAGCGACAAUAAAGCCGGCGGAGCGUUUCCGUCCGACCAGGCCCUGGCGGAGGUCGAAUGGCAAAUGAACAACGGACCGUGCGCCCACAAUGCACCGGGACUGGACCAGGCGGUGCCUUUCACGCGAAGAGGUUACGACCACGGACACAACCUCGUUUGAUGCAUUGUGCGAGGCAGCACCUCGGGCCCCAGGCAGUUAUCAUUUCACAGAAAAUGCACCGCCCCGAGUGUCUUAUUGCUGUGAUGAAAUGGAAAUUUAAAUAAAAGGUCGAACACGUGCGUUCACUGGGAAGUAUUGACAUGGGUGUUACAUCACCAGCAGCCAAUCAGAUAACUCCAGUCGUGUUUAUACUUCUACAACCACCUUGUGAGUAUUACAGUAUGUCAUAACGUUAUAAAUAUUAGGCAGGGUUUUCCCCAGGAGCGGGGAGGAGUCUGCUUCUACGGACGUUGUGAGCGGCUCCGAAGAUUGUGUGUUUAAAGUCAACAAUUCAUUUUUAAGACUUUUUUCGAACUGUUUACAUUACAUGGACUUUAGAUUGAUUCUGACAGAAUGAACUGGAAAUGAAAUCCCACAGUUAUGAUCGUGGCAGAGUUUUUUUUUUCCAAUUUAGGGCCCUUAUACUCCUUUUAAAAAAUUUUUAAUAUGCUAAAUUUAGCAGAUACUGAAGUGUUAAGACUCAUCUGACAACGUGAGAAUUUAAGCUUAUUUCAGGUUAAGAAAAAAAAGAUGUUUUCAGGUUAUGGAGGGGCUUUUUACUCUUAAGCGACAUAUGUAUUAGAAGUUGAAUCACGAACUGAUAAAAUGCUCAAGAUAAUUGUUGACUAAAAAAAAUACGGCAGGACAAAUUUUUUACAUUAAUACAUAUGUGCAGAAAAUGAGAAAUAUACAUGAACUCUUUACAGUUAUAGAUUAUCUAAUGGGAAAGGUUAUGUUAAAGGCUUGAACCUCCUAAAUAAUAUAUUAAUGUAAAUAAAGUUAGAUGUUUUAUGAAGAACAGGUGUUAACAAUUUUUAGACCUUCUAGUUUUAUGAUUCUUAUUCUCUUCAAAAGUUCUUUUUCUAUUUCAAAACUAAGAGCAAUAUGUAAAUCUUUGUAUAAUAUGGAAUAUGGUAUGUAUUUCAAGGUUACUUUUAAAAAGUAAGCUUUGGCUGGUCCCAAGGUAGUGAAUUGCCUCAAUUGGUUAUUCACAGUUGGUUGUCCGUUGUACCACUCUUUCCCCACUUCCACUUGACUAGUCUUUUAAAAAUAAAUAAAUAUUUAAAUAAACAAGUCUUCUCAAACAUUAUAAAA